AUGUUUUCGGACUCGGAGCCCCCGAGCCCAAGACUAUUAAGCAGACAUUCGGGUGCCUCGAAUUCCUGCCAUGGCUGUGUUGAAAACACAAAACUUCUGAAACAAGUCUUACAGGAAUUAAAAGAACUAAAAGAGGAACUGUCUAAGAACACAAAUAAGCAAAGUCCAAACACUACUGGAUUUACUGUAGAGAAAUCACCCAUAGAGGCCCCUCUUGUUGAACACCUGAAGAAAAAGUUCCCUAUCAUGCUAUUCCCAGUCAAUCCAGACACAGAAUUAAAAGCUAAAGUGACAGUACUUCUUCAAAAGAACGGGGUAACCGCUGAUCUUCCUGUAGUUCUCAGAAGUGUUCGAAAGUAUGCGGCAAGAAAGUUCGUUGACUUCAGGGCACAGACCAAAUCCAAGUUGCUUUCAGAAAAAUUAGAUGUGGGGGCAAUGCAGUUGGCAGAACUGGCCAGGACCAUCUUUUCCAAGUUCACAGAUGCUGUGAACUUGGAAAUUAUCAAGAUGACCAUCAUUUUGCGCUCCUUCUGCCAUGAGAAGAAGCUCCUUAAAAAACUCAGAGGUCGGGAACCAGUCUCCUUGGAUUUCUGGGUUGAAUUGAAAGAGCACAAGGAAAGGAUAGACUCAGAUGAAGAUCCUCUUAAAUGGGAGAAACUCCAAGCCCGAGAGGAAAAGCGGAUUGAGAGAUAUGAGAAGCUUUAGAUGUAUGUACAAUACACAGUACAAAAUAUUACAUCCUGUUUCAUGAUUAUGAUAUCAUAUUAGUAUCUUGAUAUAUAUUAUAAUUAUCCGUUUGAAUUUUAGGUGCACGAGGUUGACUUUGAGAGUGAAGAUGAUCAUGACUGAGAGUGAAGGAGAACAAUUUUUUAUUAAAUUUUACGUAGGAAAAAUAAAAUUUAUACAUAUAAGAUGACAUUUGUUUUUUGUUUUGAUUAUACAUUUUGAUGGGAUGUAAAAUGCUUUCUUUAACCAUGAUAAAAUUGAAACCAAAUUAAUUAAUUUUUUUACAAAGAAAUCAUUGGAGAGGCUAAAAAAAAUUCUAAGGUAUGAAAAGCAUGCCGGUGCAUGUGUACUAGUUUACAUAUGUGAA